CCUCCCUCCCAUCUCCCUUUCUUUCUCCCUCUUCUCCCUCUCUCCACGGAGCUCGGCGGUCGCCGCGUUGCCCCAGCCGGGCUCGGCUCCGGAGACCGCGGGCUACGGACAAAGUUUAGCCCGAGUCGCCGCUCCAGAAGAUUUCACCGUGAUGCUGCCAGUUCCCAUGAGGCUUUAACCCUGUAACAAUGAUCAACAAUCAUUACAACAGCUCCCUGGGUAUCGGGACAGGCAGCUCGAUCCACACUCACCCUCUCACCCUGGAGCAGAAAGCCGCCUUUGUCUUUGUCGGCAUCUUGUUCCUUUUCCUGGGCCUGCUCAUUGUGCGCUGUUUCCGAAUCCUCUUGGACCCUUACAGCAGCAUGCCCUCCUCCACCUGGGCCGAUGGCAUGGACGGGUUGGAGAAAGGCACCUUCGAGUAUGUGUUGGCGUGAAUUGGACCGACGGAGAGACAGACGCGCCGCGGUGCUCACACCACCUCCCGGAGUGAGGACGCUCCUCAUCCAUCCGUCGAAUCGCACCCGACUCUUAAUGGGGCGCAGCGGGUUCAGCUGCAGCCUCACAGCGCCAGAGACCUGGGUUCAAUCCUGAUCUCGAGUGCUGUCUGUACGGAGUUUGUACGUUCUCCCUGUGACUGUGUGGGUUUUCUCCAGUUUCCUCCCACAUUCCAAAGACGUACAGGUUUGUAGGUGAAUUGGUUUUGGUAAAUUGUGAUAAAUUGUCCCUAGUGUGUGUAGGGUGGUGUAUGUGGUGGUCAUUGGUUGCCGUGGUCUUGGUGGGCCGAGGGGCCUGUUUCUGCGCUACAUCUCUAAAGCCUGACCCCGGAUGCUAUCCGUGUGCAGUUUGUAUUGUUCUCUCUGUGACCACGUGGGUUUCCUCCAGAUGCUCCGGCUUCCUCCCACACCGUAAAUAUACCUGCAGGUUUGUUGGUUAACUGGCCUCUGUAAAUUGCCCCCAGUGUGUAAGAUGCAAAUUGGGAUAACAUAGAUCUAGUGUGAAUGGGCGAUGGAUGCUCAGCAUGGACUCAUGGGCUGAAGGGCCUGUUUUCAUGCUCUAUCUCUAAACUAUCUCUGUUUCCAAAAUAUCUCUAAACUAAACUAAUCUGCCAUAGAGCAGCCAUCUAUGGUCUGACUGAUAGUAUCUCAAUUUGUGCAUAGACUAUUAUUCAGUAAAGGGGCUAGAAACAGUUCAGUGUACGUUGUGUGGAGAUAAGUUCAAAGUUAUCAGUAACAUAUUUACUUGUAUUUUAAUGUUGCUGUUUUUACCUGCACUUUUUAACUAUUCGUACUGUUUUAUCAGGGACUGGAUUGUUUUUAUUUUAUGUGAAAUGUUUAAGUUUUAUGUGCGAUGCUCCGGUAUUCCCAGGGAAACGUCUUCUCAUUUUGCACUGCACAACUGUUGCUUUGGAAGAUGACAAUAAAGGUUGAUUGAUUGAUU